UGCAUUACUGCAUAGGACUUUGGCACAACUAUUUGUUUCUGUGCAACUUCGAUAAGACAUUGUCAGCUAUCAAUAUUCGUCGUGCGGCCUGCGUGGCUCCUAUCCAACCGUUGAACGCAUCAUUUGUGAUUCCACCAUCGGGGAUACAGUAGCAGACUCCACAGGCUGCAGGAUCUACCGGCUACAAAAGUUUCUAAACCACGCCCAAUAUGGCUGAGGGUCAGAUGAUGACGCAGAAAUGGCAGAUUGCUUUCAAACUGCUCGACUUCAACAAAGAUGGCGUCCUGUCCGUUGCCGACAAGGAUGCGUGCAAGGAGGCGUUUAAAGCCAUAUUUAAGCCGGAUGAGGCCCAGGCCGGAAACAUGAUGCAGGAACUGGAUGCUUUCUGGAAGAAGUCGCUAUUCCUUGACGGACCGGAAGACUGGUCUCGGAGUCUGAACCUGGACGAUUUCAUUUCAAGCAGACGCGCUUUAUUCUCGUCAGACAGGGCCGCCAUACACGGGAUCGUAAAACAGGCCACCACACAUCUUGUGAUCGCAUCGGACGUCACCCGAAAAGGGAAAUUCAAUUAUGAUGAAUUUAAAAAUCUACACAUGGCGGCUGGUCAAACGGACAAGAAGUUCAUUAAGACAAUGUAUGACACGAUCGAAUCCGACGCCGACGGGAAUGUUCCUGCGGAAAAGAUAGAGGAGUUCUACACUGAACUGACGAUGGGCUCAGAUCAAGAGAAACAUGACCGCUAUCUCUCCGCCUUCGCCGCUGCUGGCUUCGUGUAGUGGGGACAGCGGAUGUGCAUUGCUGAAAGUGAUAUAAUUUCAGUAACAUGUAUCCACAAUGUAAUGUUCAAUUAUCUAUUUGUUUCUCUUCAAAUAGAUACAUGGUUUGUAAAAACGUUGCUUUAUCAUUUUUUUUAACUCGAUUUAUAUGUUUAGUCUAUUUUUACUUUCACGUUCCGUUGGAAACUAUAUCAUAUCGGUGAAAAAUAAUGGUGUCAGAAGUCAAUAGUUGUGAUUGUUUAAACUAAAACAUCAUCAAAUUUAAGCUAUGGACACGAUGAUUAUUAUUAUUAAACAGGUAUUUUAAACUACAAUGUGUUUCUCCUUAUUGCUUUAACAUUAGUGAUUAGAACGUGUUUUCAGCGAGCGCGGAACCAAAUUAUGACGUCACUUUUGUUUUGUUACCUUGUAAGACUGCAAUAAUUAUUAAUUAAGCAUGGUUCUUUUUGGGGGCCAUCAGGAGAUUUUAUUGGCUGUAAAUGCUGUGUUUAUAUUAAGAUUUUUAGAACUCAUUUUAAUUUUAACUUCCUUACUUGUAAAUGAAUUUUACGAAUUCUAAUUUUUAUAUCUGAUAAAUCUGGCUGCUAGAGCAUUUGCACGGAAAAUGAAUACAGCAGCAUCGUUUUCUUUGGAGAAAAAGAUAAUAAAUCAUACGUCAGUUGAAACAAAUAAGACCUUGUUUCCGUGGAUAAUAUAUAACAGGUCAUAAUUAACAAUCCUAAAUAUAAUAACACGUGUAGGCAAUAGACAAAUCGUUUGUCAGUGUUCACAAUCACAGUGACUUGGAGGGGAUGUGCUGAAUUUUGACCUCUACAAAAUUUAGUGACAUUUUACCUAAAAUAAACCUAAAAUAUAUAUUUUUCUUCAGAUUCAUCAAAGGGGUCACUCAUACCAACUAUCUAGCAUAAAUGACUAUGAAUUACGGCACUUUUGCAAAGUCAGAAAAUCUCGAUUUGUCUAAAUUUACUCUAUUUAUAUAUAUAUAUAUUCAGCACAUUCCCUCCAAGUCACUGUGAUCACAAUGAGCCGGGCAAUCCGUCUAUUGUCUAAGAUACGCAACUUGAGUUUUAUGACCUAUUGUGUAUGCAAAAAAAUCCGAUCUGUGUAAAUAUAUGUUGUUCACACGUUUAGUACUAAGUCCAAAAAAAAUCCCGACCUAGCGGCCCACUAAAAUGGUAUUGGUCUCGAGGAGUUGCAUCAGUUGUUUUUCGUGCUGGAAAUGUUUUUUUAAUAAAACCAGAUGUGAAUGCCAGAUGACGCUUUUAAUCCUUAAUUACACGAACCACCAAGUAGUUUUAUAGCAGAACACCCUCAUAGCACGCAAGGGUCUAGGAAUACAAUGUUAUUGAAUUUCUUCACGAAUUCCUAUUGACUAAAACAAUGGGCAACACUAUUUUGCCCAUUUAAGCUGACUCCAUGUCUUGUUCAUUAAGUAAAUGUAUUGUAUGUAACUAUAUAACCCAAAGCUACAUUCCGAAAAUUAUACUUCCAUCUUUCUUUUCCUGGACGUACUGGAAGACUGGUGUCGGAGUCUAACCCUGGACGA